UUCAUAUAUGUGCAGUUUCAUGGGUCCUGCCCAGCACUAGUUUCUAAAAGGGUCUGUCAGCACAAUGAGAUGAAGCUGUUACUUUCCAUUUUCAUUGCUAUUGCAGUUUUCAGACAUGCAGGUGCACAAAUACAGUCAUGUCCACUAGGAUACGCAGUAUUAGUUCCUUGCUGUGCUACAUCGAAAGAUCUGUCAAGUUCUACUUCACAAAUUUAUUGUCCAUCUGGAUGUAUGAGCAAAAAUCUUUCUGUAUGGGGAACAGAAAUCUACACAGAGAACACAGCUGUUUGCCUGGCUGCCAUCCAUGCUGGCAAAGUUUCUAAUGGAGGAGGAUACAUUACAGUGCAAAAGUUACCAGGCCAAGAGAUGUACAUUGGUUCCACUAUGAAUGGAAUAAUCAGCCUAAAUUAUGGAAUCUCUGCCACAUCCUUUACCUUUCUUGGUUACUCAACACAGGCAGUGGCUUCAACUAUUUCUCCUAAUACUACUACUACUAGUAAUCCUACUUCUGCUAUAGUAACAUCCACGUCUGUUACUGUGACUACGUCUACUAUGGCUACAAACACUAUCUUCCCUACAAGUCCUGUUACUUCUGCCACUACUACUGUUACUACCACCAAACUUAUAUCUACUACUAUUCCUAUGAGUAGCACAAAGAAUAACAUUGCCACAAAUGCAAGUACUGCCACUACUGCCACAACGAUAACUGCAGUUAACAUUGGAAAAGUUGACUGUUAUACCUAUUUAGAUUUGCUGACUGGAGACCCGCUCAUGAUUCUAUGCCCACCAAACUGCAAUUCAUCAUACUUUGUGUACGGAACUGAUAUUUAUACAUCCGACUCUGAUUUGUGUCCAUCAGCGAUACAUGCAGGAGCAACCACGGUCAAUGGUGGAUAUGUGACGGUAAAACGGAAACCUUUACAGGGCACAUAUAUUGGCUCUACUCGAAAUGGGAUUAAAAGCUCAAGCACAACAUCACUGUUGGUUAUGGAAUCUUUUAUGUUUUUGUAACAGAUAACAUACCCUCUGUAAAAAAUAAAACAUGUCAUAAUAA